UGUUUUUGGUUUUGUUGGCUUUCCGCCACUCCCCAGCACCUAAUCUCGUUUUGCAUUCGUCUUCUAACUCUUCCAGACCUCCGGGCUUGCUCUGGGCAAAAAGAGUCAGAUAGCUGGGUGCUGGUGGUUGGUUGGUUGGGGAUGCGAGCCAGCUCCAGCAGCUUCAAAUUUGGAGGUGCGCUCGUCCCAACUGCACUCGUCCCGCGCCUGGCUUUAGCAUCCACGCGCACUGCAUUGCACUUGUCCACAUUGGCACAUCGCGUCUUGGCUCGGCGCGCAGGGUCCUCAAGUGCCGCUCGUGCAGCAAUCUCACUUGAAUUCUGCCGCAAUGACCGCAACCGCAACAGCCAAUUCGUCAGGCUCAGGCUCAGGCUCAGGCGGAGAUGCUGGCUGGGGCACUGCGAUUGCCGCUGGCGUCUUGUCUGCGCUCGUGGCGGGUGCACUGACCAGCAGUGACGUCCGAAGCGCGAUUGCGGAUUGGAUACCAAAGGCAAACAACUGGAUUCGGGAGCAUGCUGCCAGUGCUGCUGCUGCUGCUGCAGACCCAGAACAAAGCGAUCGACUACAAGUAGUAAACCGAGUGGGCACCAUGGACGAUAGCGCAUUGAGCAAGGAUGCCGAGUCCAUCCCAACUUCUGAGCAUUCGCAACGCGAUUCCCAAGCACCAAGCACAACCGCUGCAUCCAAAGUAGAGCAACUUUCACGAGAGGAUGCAUUCAGUCAAGAUCAGGACAUUGAUUGGUCUCAUCCGAGCUGUGGGAACGCGGCAGAUGGCGAGUCCGAUGUUUCGCCUUUCAUGCACCCUGCUGAAAUUCUUGUGAGCGCUGUGAUGAAAGCCUGGUCCACAAUCGCUCCCAGCAUCAUGCUCGCGCCCAAGCGUGUUAUCAGCACAUGGGUUGUGGCUAUCGAGCGUAGCUUUCGGGUACAGUCAGAGGAGCCCGCAGAGGGUCCAGUUCACACGAAUGGCAAGCACGAGGUCAUCACCGCAACACUGCUUUCUGCAAUGCUUCUGCAGCACCAAGCGGAGCUGGAGCGAAUAGGACGCGAACAGACGGCGGCAUGGCAAGCCGAGCUGGAGCGCAAUCGGACACCACCGUCUCUUCAGCAGGGAGAGAUCCAGCACCUCAUUCGUGAAGGGAUUGCCGACGCGCUCUCGCAGCAAGGACUUGCAAUGGCAGACCAGCUUGGGAUGCUGCAAACUACGCUGCUAGAAAGCAACAAAGCUCUUCGAGAAGAAACUGCGGUCGCAGCGACUCAAGCGCAAACAAGCCUGAUGCACAUUGGCGCCAAACACGCCGAGUUGGAGCGUUCCAUCCAGAGUAUGUUUGAGCAAAGCUCUACUGUCACACGAGCAGCCAUUCAGGCAAUGGCGGCCUCGCAAAAAGCCGAGCAGGAAGCUUCCGUGUCCAUGCUUCGGUGCUUGGUUGCGGAACUUGGACAAGAAAUGGGCGCUCGGAUGCAACAAAUUGACACGCGCCCGCUGAUACAAGGCAUUUCUGACAUGCUCGCCGAGCUACAAGCACUUGGUUCUGCCAAGCAUGCCGAAAAGUUGCAGUUGGACAGCUCGAUCAGCCAACUCCAUUCCGCAAUUGCUGAGCUUCAGCGAGAAUUGCUUGCUCGUUCGCCAGAUUUUGACACUGGCGCUUUGAAUCAAACAACCCUAGCACUGCGCGCCGACAUCCAGGCAAUCGCUUCUUCAAACCGUGACGCUAGCUUGCGAUUUGAGAGUUUGAGUGCCAAUCUUCAGCGGGCCGUCACGGAGCUGCAGCAAGAUUCGACAACGCGCGUUCAGCAACUUGAAACUGCCGUGGAGGCUUUGCAGCACAAGCUGGAGACUCUUUCCAGUGAGCAUACCUCCAGCGUCGGCGAAUCGAUGCGCAAUCAUUUAGCCAACGCGUUGUCCGAUCAACUCGUCUCGCUCCAGGAAGCGUUGAACAAGACAAGUCACGACGCUGAGAUUCGAGUGAUUGAUGCAAUCGAAGCACAGCUGACACCCGUCCAACGUUCGCUCGUCGCAGACCUUGAACAAUCGGUCGCCAAGUCGCAAUCUGAGCGAGCCGCAGCUCUGAUUGAAGGUCAGCAGACUGCCCUGGACGACGCGCUCACGACAUGGGCGAACAAUUUGCAGCAAUGGGUGGCAAAGUCGCAAUUGGAGCUCGCCGCAACGUUGAGUGAGCAGCAACAAACUGCGAUGGACACUGCCGUUGCUACACUGUCCACCGCUCUCACGGAACAGUUGCAAACUACACGACAAUCCAUCACUGACGAUGUGGCACGGCAGCUGGCUUUGCUGUCUCUCUCCCGGGGCAAUCCGGCUCCGGAACAGUUCAACCAAAAUCCAGAGGCUGGGCAAGUGACGCCAACCGCGCCCGCAACCCCUGCACUUGAAGAGAAGGCUGCUUUAACUCCCAAUUCGUUGCCAAACCCUUUACGCCAGCGCGCCAGCUCACUAAUGUCAUCGAAGACAACUCCGAUCGAGUCGGAUGCGAGUUCUGCCACUGAAGUCACGAGCCCUCGAACCACCACCUCCCCACAGGUGCGCAGGUCGUUGUUUGCAGGGUCUGCUUCCAAUUUCAGCAAGAGCGAGUCCAACCUGUUCUCCCCUCCGCAAUCUCCGUCAGCGACAUUCCGGAACCGACCCAUCAUUGCACCCUCCGAUCCGGCCAAGGUGCGGCACAGUUUCCAUCUCCCUCCAGCUGCGCCCCGCCCAUUGCUGGACAAUGACGAAAGCAAGAACAAUCUCGCCUUCCGACCAGGUGGCCGCAUCAACUCGUUACCAGCCCGCACGACUCGCGAAUCGGCGCUCAAUGCUGCCAAAAGCGUGGCGGAGUCUGACGCACCAACGCAACCAGAAGCUAGCGAACUGCGAUUGAAUAACUGAUGCUCACUGAUGGUUUUUGUUUUUGAUUGUUUAUUUGACUUUUCUUGUACAAAAUGAUGC